CAAGAGUAAAAAUUGAUGCCCCAAUCAUUUGCUUUUCGCAUCUUUGAAAAUUUAUUUCGUCGUUCAAAAAAGAAAUCCGGAAACGAUAUAAACAUGGGUACAGUGGAACGCGCUGGUGAUGACCACACUUCCGAGGUGGAGUCUGGAGAGGAGGAGGAAAUUGUAGGGGGCGGCGAGCUGGCUCAGCACCUCAUGAAAAGCGGCAUUACCCGCAACGAGAUGCUAGCGGCUAUCACCAACCGCAUCCACGUCGAGGCUAUGGCGUCUCUGCCACCGAACGUGCGCAGGCGCAUCCGUGCCCUGCGCACUCUGCAGAAAGAGUUCGUCGACAUCGAGGCUAAGUUCUACAGCGAAGUUCAUGCGCUUGAGUGCAAAUACGAGAAAUUGUACAAGCCUCUGUUUGAAAAGCGUGCUUCGGUUGUGAAUGGUGGCUACGAGCCCACUGACGAGGAGUGCCUGAACCCUUGGCGCGAUGAGAAUGAAGAGGAGGAACUCGCGCGCGCAGUGCAGAGCGCUGCCAUUACCGACGGUUCUGAAGAGAAGAAACCUGAAGAGAAACCUGCCGAGCCACCAAUGGACCCUAAUGUUAAGGGCAUCCCAGACUUCUGGUACACCAUAUUCAAGAAUGUGUCAAUGCUGUGUGAGAUGAUGCAGGAACAUGACGAGCCCAUUCUGAAGUGUUUGCAGGACAUUAAAGUGCAAAUGCACGAGGACCCCAUCGGCUUCACGCUGGAAUUCCACUUCGCGCCCAAUGAUUACUUCACAAACACCAUCUUGACGAAGGAGUAUUCAAUGAAGUGCAAGCCAGAUGAUGAGAACCCUCUGGAGUUCGAAGGACCCGAGAUCUACUCAUGCAAGGGUUGUGAGAUCAACUGGAAGAAGGGCAAGAAUGUAACGGUGAAGACGAUAAAGAAGAAGCAGAAGCACAAGUCCCGUGGCUCAGUGCGCACCGUCACCAAGUCGGUGCAGGCUGAUUCCUUCUUCAACUUCUUCUCGCCACCCACCAUGCCCGAUGACCCUAACUCCACCCUCGCCUCUGAUAUCCAGGCGCUGCUCACAGCGGACUUUGAGAUCGGCCACUACAUCCGCGAGCGUGUCGUGUCCCGCGCCGUCCUGCUCUACACCGGCGAGGGCCUCGAUGACGACGAUGAUGAUGAUUACGAGGAGGAGGAGGAUUCGUACUUUGACGAAGACUCCGGGACGGAGGAAGUGUCCGACGCGGAGGAUUGAUGCAAGACGUUGUCCGACCGCCCCUAGCGUUAUAUAUAACGUCAGUCGGCAGCUCGCUACGUGCCCACGCCCAACUCCCCGGCGUUGGCGUGGGCAUCUAGCGGCUCGUGCUCACGAGCUCUGCGUGCUUUAGUCUUUAUCGCGACCAUAUCAGCCCAUAUCUCUUUUAAAUUGUACCAAAAAUCGAUUCGCCAAGCGAAACGUGAUAAUGAAUACUCCUGCAACGCGUCGGGUUAUUGUCCUAUAAAUCGGUAGUAUUUGUACGCUAGAAUAUUUAGUAAUGAUAAACUUCUCGCAGACCCACAUGUCCGUUCUAUGCAUGGUUUAUCCCUGUCCAGAUAAAUAUGUUUUAGAGUAGAUUUUUGUACAAGGCUGGCAAGGGGCUCCCGUAGUCUUGAUGCGAGAAGUGUGAGGUGCCUUCAUUAUCGAUGUAUAAUGCAUGUUAACUUGUUAGAUGUCUGUUACGACAACUAUUUUGCAUUUCUAGUUUAGUUAUACAUUACUCGUUUUUAUUUAUUAUACAGUAAUUAUAGUGUGUAUUUUUGUUUACGAAUUUUACAUAUUCGUUUGAGUACUUUGAAAUUUCAUGUGAUAUUACUAUUCUCUAAGGCUAUAUUUUAAUGUUUCCUAUUGAUUGAAAUUGAAGUACCGUCAUUCCAUUGAGACGCUAGUAGAUCCUUCGCUCCGUGCGUGUAGCGGCAGUCAGCCCAGGAAUUGAAUUCGCUGAAUCUCUUUUUAGUGCCAAAAUGCAUUUUUACAUCAUCACUUGAACAUCGCCAACUGUGAUCUAUAUCCGAUAUGAUAAUAAUAUAUUAUAUGUAUUUUAAUAAUGAUUUGACAAUAGUUAGGUCGGAUAAUAGAUGUAUAUUUUUUAUUUAUGUAACCUUCUAUUGAAGUUAGCAUAAUAUAAUGUCAAUGUAUAGCAGCUCGUCAGGUAGUUUUUAUAUAUCGGUAAUGGCUUAUGUUUUUGGCAUGAUGUCGUAAUGAUGACAUUAAAAUUGUAUGCUUUUUACCCGAGUGUUUUAUUUAUUUUAUCCUUAUAUUUGCAUGCGAAUUGUGCAAGUUUGUCGAGUGCAGAUGGUUGCAGAAUUCACGUUGACUGUAAUGUAAGGUAACGAGCCGCGCCGAGGUCGGUGUUUAGUAAUAUGUGUUGACGUGUAUUGGCGUUGUCAGGAGGAGGAGGAAUGCUCCACGGAAGAGAGUGAAGACGAGGAGCCGGUGCCGCGGAGACGAGGCAAGAAGCCCAUCAAGGGCGCGCAGGACAACCCGGCCGAGUGCAAGCAACAAUAGUGCGCGGGCAGUCGGCUGCACUACUGCGCCACUCUUAUCUAACUGUCGAGGUCUGUGCAUACGGAACGUAUGUUUGGUGCUGAAUAUCUACUUGUCAUUCACUACAUUCGACUCAUUACUUACUUAGUUCUCAAACAAGGCAAAUGAAUUCGUUGUCAAACUAUUAAUUCGUAUUCGGUUCUAUGUAGUGGACGGUAAUGUUCUUUAAUCAGUUCUGAUACUUCAUAAUCAACGUCGUAUACAUACGCGCAACGUUUAGACACCAGAUUCUAAAUCGUCGGUAAAUAAAUAAAAUUUAUAUACUUAUCCCGUAUUUGUAAUGUUGUACUGCUUUGUCUAUGAAGAUAUACUGCCUUGAACGUAAGGAAAUGUUGUCACCACCGACCUCGCCAUACACAAAUGCACUAAAUUUAAUGCAGUGACUGAUAUGUAUAGGAUGCUUUUUAAUUAGAACGUGAAAGAGUUUUACUAAGUAACCUCGCAGGCCGUCUUUCCUCCACAUUCCUAUUUCGUGUCAAAACACAUCAAAAUAUAAGGAAUGCUACACAAGGCAGCUUUCGAAACGGUGACGACAGCAUCGUUGUCUGCUUUCAAUAACUGAAAUAUGUAUCUCGCAGAUUGGGAACGUGCAAGAACCAACCUUAAAUGGUGUAUUUAUAGCGCUCAAUUAAUGUUACGCUGUUGUCGCCCCCGCUUUGAAGGUUAAGCCAUUUUAACUAUCCGCCUUGUUCAUUAUUUUUGAUAAAAUCUAAAUCGGGUUGGUGCUUACGGCACGAUAGCUAGGCUAUAAUACGACUUGUGAUGUAGUUAACACAGUCUGUUAACGUUAACAUGUUUGAUGUAACGGUCUAUAAGACAGUAAUUAAUAUUAAAUAAUGUUAUUUUGUAUAAUGCGCCAUUAUCAAACUCCAAUGCAAAUUGUUAUGUUAUGACCAGUAGAGGUUAUGUUGUAGGCGUAAUUGUUAUGUUGUUACUUAUAACUUCAUUAUGAUUGUAAGGCUAUUUGAGGAGCAGUGAUUCUUUUUAUAAUGAUGUAACGUAUUGCUCGCAUCGCGUACACCAGCUAUAGGGUAUUUGUACACGUAACAUUUUUAAAUAAAUUUCGUAAUUAAAAUGUU